GCCGGGGAAGGCGGGGGCGCCUGAUCCGCCGCUGCGGAGCCAAGCGCCGGUCCGCGCCGCUCCUGCGGGCCCGGCUGGCAGCAUGGGGGUGAGGAUGGAGAGCGGCGGCAGGCGGAGCCGAGGGAGUGAACACCCAGCUGUUGUCAUUCCCAGAUGUGGCCCAGCAAGCCCAUUUAAAGGACACUUAAGUACCAAGAGUAAUGCUUUCUGCAUUGAUUCCUCACAGAGUCUAACCAACCAGUACCUGAUCAGAGAUCACCUGAUGUUUCAUUAUAACAAAAUCCUUUCAGCCAAAGCAGCAGUAGACUGUUCAGUGCCGAGAAGUAGGUUGACCAGCAUCAAACUUGCAGAUCAGCAAAGAAGAGAGAAACUGAAAAAGAAGAUAGCCAGGCAUGAAAAAGAAAUGAGUGAGGGUAAAAAUGCCUCACGAUCCAGCUCAAGAGAGAGUGGAAGGCUGCUGUCAUCAUCUUUGGGAAAGAGUUCCUUAGAAGCAGAAGACAAUGACCGUCUCUUCCCCUGCGCCCAGCGGGCACAGUACUUGCCUAGAGCACUGUCACCUCCUGAUGAGCACGGCUUGGUUCGCUCCAGUCCUGUAAAAUAUGCCAGAAAAGAUUCUCGGAAUACAUCUAAUGCCUCUGACUCAAACUCAAGUGUCAGUACCUCAGGUCCACUAAGAAAACACUCUGGAGUUUCAUGCAGUUGCUCUUCUAAUAGUUUUGUUGGCAUCAGUCAUUCCCAGAGACGUCAAGAAACUAACUCCAAAGUAUACAGCAGGGAUCUUCUAGACAGGCACUCUGACUUCUUUACUGAUAGCCGGAAGCCUUUUACUCCACGCACCUUAAUAUCAGAUGCUAAAUCUUUCCUGUCACAGUACAGGUAUUACACUCCUGCUCGAAGGAAAAGGAAAAAUCACUGUAAGCAGCAGGUGGAUGCUGAAACACAGACUGAUGUAAUCAGCUUUCCCUCUGCAGACAAAGCCUCUGAGAGAAAAGUUACGAUUGAACGUCCGAAGAUCGCAGUGAAGGCUGAAGAUGAAAGACAUACUGUGGAUAAGCCUGAGAGAACAUCCACAUUUCAGUACUCUUUCCCAAGAUCAACACCCUUGUGUUGUGAGCAGCCUUCAGCAAGGAGGAAAAUCCAGUCUGAAGAAGAGGAGCUUUUAUAUCUCACUUUCAUUGAAGAUGUAACAAAUGAAAUUCUUAAGCUUGGGCUAUUUUCUAACAGAGUUCUGGAACAAUUGUUUGAGUGUCAUGUACAAGAAAAUAAGUACCAUUUGGAUGAGAAGAAAAUGCGCCAUCUAUUGGGUGUCCUUAAAGUAGACCUUGGCUGCAGCCCAGGCAGAAGUGCUGAGCAAAUCCACGCAAACCAGGAAGCAUUUCACUUCUUAGACCUAGAGACGUUUGAUACCAUGGAGCAGCUCAAGUUUACCAGUAAGAGUCGGAGACAAAGAAAAGCUAAAAAAAGUGAAGAAAUCUUUACAGCCAUGGAUUUAUUAUUGACGGAACCAAGCAAAUGCAAGUCACCAGUGUGUUUUGAAAAUUCAGUAGAUGUUGCUGAAACACUGAAAGCUGGGACAGACUCUCACUCUUCUGCGAAAUCUGAAGGCCCAGAAACUUCACCUGCAUAUGAUGCAACUUUAAACUCUAUUACUUGUGACAGUGAUUUGGAAACCAACAAGGACCUUGAUGACCUUGAAGAAAACUUUGCCGAGGCCCUUCAGCUAUCACCUGGCUAUCCAGAGUAGUAGCCAAAAUGUAGCUGUUAAUAGGAAUGGAGAUAGUUGUGUGGAGAACUGCCAUUCACUGAAUAAAUAGCAGUAAAUUAUUUGUUACAUCUUCAGUGUUUCUGUUUAAAGACUGCUACAGUCUCUCUAGCAGGGUAUUAUUUAUGAGGCAUUAAUUGAUCUCUGUACUAAUGUAGAUUGUAAAGGGUAAAGUCAGUAAUCAAAAAGAAUUUUUGUAUAUUUUGUCUAUAAUUGUAUAACCCAGAAUUAACUUUUGAGAUUAUUA